AUGAACUUGCCUGACUUUUUGAACAAUAAUGAUAACAUCAGUCUGCCGAAGGCAACCAAUUCCAGACCCUACCUGAACCAUUUUGCUUUCGAUCAAAAUUAUCAGAAUGGUCAGAAUGGUCAGCAUGGUCAGAAUGGUCAGAAUGGUCAGAAUGGCAUUAUAGGCGACAGUCAAACAAACAACAACAACAAUAAUAACAACGGUAACGGUGCCAACAACGGCAACAGCAACAGCAACAACAGAAAUAGCGUCACUAGUAAUGGGUUUGGCUCGUCGGAAAUUGCAGCAUCUGGACAGGGGCUUGGACCAUCUGCUCCUGAUAGCCCAUUAAGCCAAUCAAAUUUUAAUGAUAUAUUAUUCAGUAAGCUCUCUGAUCUCAAUGGAGACUCACCGUUAAAUUUAUCUGGCUACUACCACUAUAAUACCAACUCCACUGCUGCUGGUAAUACCUUUAAUUUACCAAAAGAGUUACAAGGCGGGGUAUCAACCAUUUCAUCUAGAAGACCAAGCUAUGCUGCAGAAUCUUUUACAAGAAACUCAUUCCUCGAAGGCAAUAGUGUUCAACAAAAUCAUUAUCAGUCAAAUAACCAUCCAGAAACACAAUUGGGUGCUUUCUCUGCAAACCAUUUCAAUAACGGUGGCAGAGACCUCUCGGCUUUUGCAAUGAUGAAUAGCUAUCAACAAUCCAGAAACAACAAUUUCAACGAUAAUUUUGAUCGCAACAACUUUAACAAUAAUAACUUUAACAAUGACAGUGGAUUCAGUCUCCAAUACUCCUUUGCAGAUUUGAAUUUAGGAACCACGUCAAAGUUUAGCGAGUUCCAAUCAAGAAGACCAAGCCAAUUGGUUGAUCUCCCAUACGGUUCGCCAUUUAACUUACCUGUCAAUCUCACUCAACAGCAGCAACCUACACAAAUCGUUGGUAGUAACAACAAUAAUGUCAACAACAUCAAUAACAAUAACAACAUCGACAACAACAACGACAACAACAACAACAACAACAACAACAACCAAAACAACCAAAACAACAACAAGAACCAAAACAAAAACAAAAACAAAAACAACAAUAUCAACGCAAACAAUACAUUUGUACCAUUUCAAGAGAAUUUUUCAACACAAGCUUCAAGUUAUGCCUCGCACCAACCUGUACAACAUGUGAUCAACACUCCCUUUUUAAGUAAUCAUCGCCAUCAACAACAGCAACAGCAACAACAGAAACAGAAACAGCAACAUGGACGUCAAAGGUUACAACCACAGUAUUCCUCAAAACACCCAUUUUUCGGUGGCAACGAAUUAUCUCAACUAGGACAACAGGUUCAAUCACCACACUCUUCCCAACCAAUGCAAUUGGAGAAUGGGCUUUUACUCAAAGAUCAAUAUAUUGUUGCAUCUCAAGAAUUGAAAGAGUUGUUUUCCAAAUCUACAAAGUAUUUCCAAGACCCCAAGCUUUCGUCUCAAGUAUGCAAAAAAAUCCAGGCAUUAUUAACAAACCCAAUUGUUGUCAAAUUAAUCACAUUCAUCAAGAAUCUAAACAAUCUUACAUUCAACCACAAGAUUUUGUGCUUGGUAAUUAACAAGAAUGGGAAAUUUGACUUGUUGUCGUACCCAACAAACUCAAACAUCUUUUUACAAAAAGACGACUUGGUAAUUGUUGAUGGAGAUCGUGGUAAGGAUAUGGUGAUGAUUGUUGAACCGUUGGUUAAUCUCAAUUUUGCCAUUCUUUUCAAUUUUUUGAAAAAAUUAGAACAUCUCAAGAGCUUGACUAUUAAUGACACAGCUAGUAGCAAAGUCCAUGGUGGUACACACUCUACUGCAGUUAAUGCGUCAACGAUUAUCAACUCUCACCUGAAUGAGGAUAAUGAAUUCAUCAUCACUUUACCUACAAAACAAGUAUUGCGGUUUGCCACACCAAAAGAAGUUCACAAAAUCAGUGGCAAAUUCUUGGAAGAGAAGAAGGCAUUCACGACAUGUUACAACAAGAUCAAAGAGCUACACCUCGAGUCUGAUUUAACGUUGAUUAAUGUGGAGUACCAAUGCGAUUUUAAAAAAUUGAUUUUCUACUAUUUUGCUAAUUUCAAAAGGAUUGAUUUUCGUGGGUUGAUUAAAGAACUUUUCAAAAUUUACAAAACUAGGAUAUGGCUCUGUGCUGUUUUGCCAUUUGAUAGACCUGAAUUAUAUAUUACUUUAGAUGCCAAGGAUGCUGGCCAUCUGGCAAUUAUAGAUGCAUCUGCCAACGAAAAUAAUGUUUACAAUGAACUCAAUACCAACAACAAAUUUAAGGAUGAGAACAAUGCCGAUGCAGCAAAAGACACUGGGUUGUUACCCCUCGAGUACGAGUUGAGUAACGAACAGAUUUUGAAUUUUUCAAUUACAGAGUUUGACCAUUUACCAAGACCAAACUAUUUCCAUCUGAUCAAUGUGUUGAACUUGAUUCAACAUUUGAGCAAUGAAUUAAACGGACCAUUCUAUGGUUUUAACACUAAAAGCAACAAGUGA